AUGCGCAAGAUUUCAGGGAUGAAGGGGGCAGUCCGAGCGAAGAAGGCUGCUCUCAAGGGAAUCAGCUUUGUUCGCGCUGAUGGUCGACCAUAUGGCACUAUCACGACGACCGGAGAUUCUGGUCAACAGUCCUUGGUGUCGGAAUAUGAGAUAACUCGUGGAUAUCCGUCAAGGACUUUGUUUGGGUCGACGGAGCGGAAUGAGAAUGUUAAAUCUGUGUUUGGGGAACAGGUUGCUUCUAUGCAGAACAAUGGACAGGGUGAUGGGCCUGGGACGGUCGAAUUCGCGAACGGCUAUUAG